AAGCAGUCUUCGGUAGAAGAAGUACCUAUCCUGGGCUUUUAGCGUUUGUGGGGCCUUCCGCGCGCGGAGAGUGGGGAGUUCAUAUAAGACCACAAGCCAAACGACUCUCCCAGUCCCAACACGAAAACCCAUCCAUCGAGCGUCUUCAUUCGAUAUUUUCAUUUCCCCAGUUUACGACUCUGUACGUACGAAUUGAUACGGUAUUAACGUUGCUGCGGAACAUCAAGCAUACACAGAUAUAUUACAAUUCGACGAAUAAUAUAUUCAAAACUGCGAUACAGAAUUCGCGGCAGAAUGGGACCCCUGCAAACCAUCCCUGUCUUCCUGCUGCUUCUCGCUAUCAACGGCAUUAGCGCGCAAAAAGAUCAGCAGGAAGAUCCUUGCCAGACGAAAGCCCGGGUCGUUAGUGAUCAGCAGAACUGCGAUCGUUACUGGGAGUGCGUCAACGGACGUCCGGAGUUGUUCGACUGCCCCAACGGAUUGGUGUUCGCCGGCAAGCAUCGCGGUGUCACGGAGGGCUGCGACUAUCCAUGGAGGGCGAACUACUGCGAGGGAAAGACGCAGGCGAAUUCCCCCAUAGGAGUGGAGCACUGCGGAUGGCUUUACGGAAUAUUUGGACACGAGACCUCGUGCACCAGAUAUUGGACAUGUUGGAACGGAACGGCUACCGAGCAGCUAUGCAUUGGCGGUCUCCUCUACAAUGAGAGAACUCAUUCCUGCGACUGGCCCGAGAAUGUCGAGGGUUGCCAAAAGCAUCCUCUCUGUACCGAAGACCCGAACGGAAAUGUGCCCCUGGGUAAGUCGUGCAACCGGUACUGGCAAUGCCAGGGUGGUUACCCCCGCCUUCAACGUUGCCCCGCGAUGUUGGUGUUCGACAGAAGGUCCUUGAGAUGCGUGGUACCCCCGACGGAGGACUGCGACAUUCCGACCCCAGCGCCAACUCUGGAGAGCGAAUAUCCCGUGGGAGAGAACGGUGAACCGGAAGAAGAGAAUCUGCCGCCUGGUGUCCCUUCGCUUCCGGCUGGUGCGGUUCCGGUUGCGGUGAGAACAAGAGGACGAAACUGAGGAGGAGUCGUAGCAGGAGGAUAAAUGCGAUUCCAAUAUAACGCUCGUCCAAGUUUUUUGAUUUGAAAAUACCGAGGUUCAAAACAAUUGAAUCGAAAUUUUGCGUCAUGCAAAUUAAAGACGACGCCUCGAAAUAUGCGGCCCUGCAUUUGGGGCUCGAACAACAUCCUCUCGCAAAUUUAUUUUACACACUUGUACUAUUGUACUAUUAUUCUUAUACCCUCGAACCCCUUAUCUUUCAUCCUAAAUCAAAAUGUAAAUAUUCCUUUUUCCAUCCACGUACUGUAAUACUUAAAAAAAAAAAACCUUGUACUUUACGUUAGUUUCUAGGAUUGUGCAAUAAAGUAUUGUGUAUUUUUUAUAUAUGUACGAUACCUGAA